CCGAAGAAAUGAAACCCUAAUCGACGGGCAUUCUCUAUAUAAACCAUUCAGAGCUUUAUAGAUAUAUCGUCGAAGGUGGGGACGGCCAAAGGGAAACCCUAGUAACUGUAUAAGCAGAAAUGGCGGUGCCUUUGCUGUCGAAGAAGAUCGUGAAGAAGAGGACCCAGAAGUUCAAGAGGCCUCAAAGUGAUCGAAAGAUCUCCGUCAAGGAAAGCUGGAGAAGGCCAAAGGGUAUUGAUUCCAGAGUUCGAAGAAAGUUCAAAGGAUGUACGUUGAUGCCAAAUAUUGGUUAUGGCACCGACAAAAAGACCCGCCACUACUUGCCUAAUGGGUUUAAGAAGUUCGUUGUUCACAAUGUCAAGGAGCUCGAAAUCUUGAUGAUGCACAAUAGGACCUACUGUGCCGAGAUUGCCCACGAUGUUUCCACAAAGAAGAGGAAAGAGAUUGUUGAGAGGGCAGCUCAACUUGAUGUGGUAGUCACCAACAAGCUCGCUAGGUUACGCAGCCAAGAGGAUGAAUAAGCAAUUUACAUCCUUUAUUGCUUUGCUGCUCUCGUCGUGUUUUGUAGUGAAGAUUUGGUUAAUAUAUAUUUUUGGUUCAAGAGAUUUUGAUAUUUAUUGAGUUCUGAAGCUUACAAUUGCAACAUUAACCUUAUAUUUGGGAACCAUAGACUUUGUGGUGUUAAAUUAUCCUAUCUGAGUAACGAAACACAUUGCUUGGUUUGGCGCACUCCACAGGCUCUAUUUUCAAAUUUUAAUACAAUUGUUUAUAGU